ACCAGCUGUCUGUGUAUGGACACUGACUGGUCCAAUGAUCUUCCUAUAGACUUAAGUGAUGAACCUGGACCCUCAGACACAAAUCAUGUUUCUGUGGAGGAGCAGCCGUCCUGCUGUGCUUUGUGUCAGGACGUCCUGAAGGAUCCAGUCUCUACCAGCUGUGGACACUGGUUCUGCAGACGGUGCAUCACCUCAUACUGGGACCAGUCUGCUUCAUCAGGACACUCCUCCUGUCCCCAGUUGAGAGGUGGUCUGCAGGAGGUUUUAGAUGAACAUAAGAUCAGUCUGAGGAGGAGAUGUGAACGUGUGACUGAAGGAAGUGAUGAAACAGGAAGUGGAACCCUCCUCAACAGGAUCUACACUGAGCUCUACAUCACAGAGGGACAGAGUGAAGAGGUUAAUACCCAGCAUGAGGUGAGGCAGCUUGAGACAGCUUCCAAGAAGAAGACCCUCCAUGACACUCCAAUCAGGUGCCAGGACAUCUUUAAAGCCUUACCUGGCCAACAGAGAGCCAUCAGAGUGGUUCUGACCAACGGCGUCGCUGGCGUUGGAAAAACCUUCUCGGUGCAGAAGUUCACUCUGGACUGGGCAGAGGGCUCGGAAAACCAAGAUGUCGGUCUGCUGGUUCUGCUCUCGUUCAGGGAGCUGAACUUGAUCAAAGAUGAGCGGCACAGUCUCCUCACGCUGCUCCAUGUUUUCCAUCCAACAUUACAGAAGGUCCCAGCAGAGAAGCUCGCUGUCUGGAAACUGUUGUUCAUCUUUGACGGCCUGGAUGAAAGCAGACUUUCAUUGGAUUUCCACAACAGUGAGGUUGUGUCUGAUGUCACACAGAAGUCAUCAGUCAACCUGCUGCUGACAAACCUCAUCGAGGGGAAUCUGCUUCCCUCGGCUCUCGUCUGGAUAACUUCCCGACCUGCGGCGGCCAAUCAGAUCCCUCCAUCGUGUGUCGGCAGGGUAACAGAAGUACGAGGCUUCACUGACGCCCAGAAGGAGGAAUACUUCAGGAGGAGAGUCCGUGAUGAAGAGCUGUCCAGCAGAAUCAUCUCACACAUCAAGACCUCCAGGAGCCUCCACAUCAUGUGUCUAAUCCCAGUCUUCUGCUGGAUCACUGCUACAGUUCUGGAGCACAUGUUGACUACAGAGCAGAGAGGAGAGCUGCCCAAGACCCUGACUGACCUGUACUCACACUUCCUGCUGGUUCAGAUAAAGAGGAAGAAGCAGAAGUACGAUGAGGGACAUGAGACGAGUCCACAGGAGCUGACGGAGGCUGACAGGGAGGUUCUUCUGAAGCUGGGGAGGCUGGCGUUUGAACAGCUGGAGAAAGGAGACAUCAUGUUCUACCAAGAAGACCUGGAGCAGUGUGGUCUUGAUGUCACAGAGGCCUCGGUGUACUCAGGAGUUUGUACAGAGAUCUUCAAAAGAGAGAGUGUGAUCUUCCAGAAAACCGUCUACUGCUUUGUUCAUCUGAGCGUUCAGGAGUUUCUGGCUGCAGUCUACAUGUUCCACUGUUACACCAGCAGCAACACAGAGGGACUGGAGGACUUCCUGGGGGAAGACUGGAAACACAAAGAGUUAAAGCCUAAAGACAUGCACUACAAAACCUACCACCCAUCCCUGCUUAGAAAUUUAUCCCUGGAUAGUGAUAGUGACAAUGAUUCAUCCCUGGAUGUCUUUCUGAGGAGAGCCAUGCAGAAAUCCCUUGAAAGUAAAAAUGGCCACCUGGACCUGUUUGUUCGCUUCCUUCAUGGCCUCUCUCUGGAGUCCAACCAGAGACUCUUAGGAGGCCUGCUGGGUUGGACAGACAACAGUCCAGAAAUCAUCCAGAGAGCCAUCAAUAACCUGAAGAAGAUGACCAGUAAUAAGAUCUCUCCUGACAGAAGCAUCAACAUCUUCCACUGUCUGACGGAGAUGAACGACCACUCAGUACAUCAGGAGAUCCAAGAGUUCCUGAAGUCAGAGAACAGAUCAGAGAAGGAACUCUCUGAGAUCCACUGCUCAGCUCUGGCCUACAUGCUGCAGAUGUCAGAGGAGGUUCUGGAUGAGUUGGACCUGAAGAAGUACAACACAUCAGAGGAGGGACGACUGAGACUGAUUCCAGCUGUGAGGAACUGCAGAAAGGCUCGAUUGAGUUCCUGCACUUUGUCAGAGAUCAGCUGUGCUUCUCUGGCCUCAGCUCUGAAGUCCAACCCCUCCCAUCUGAGAGAGCUGGAGCUGAGUAACAACUACGACCUGCAUGAUUCAGGAGUGAAGCUGCUGUGUGGUUUUCUGGAGAGUCCACUCUGUAGACUGGAGACUCUGAGACUGAGUUCCUGCACUCUGUCAGAGAUCAGCUGUGCUUCUCUGGCCUCAGCUCUGAAGUCCAACCCCUCCCAUCUGAGAGAGCUGCAGCUGAGUAACAACUACAGCCUGCAGGAUUCAGGAGUGAAGCUGCUGUGUGGUUUUCUGGAGAGUCCACACUGCAGACUGGAGGCUCUGAGAUUGAGUUCCUGCACUUUGUCAGAGAUCAGCUGUGCUUCUCUGGCCUCUCUGAAGUCCAACCCCUCCCAUCUGAGAGAGCUGGACCUGAGUGUCAACGAGCUGCAGGAUUCAGGAAUGAAGCUGCUGUGUGGUUUUCUGGAGAGUCCACACUGUAGACUGGAGACUCUGAGACUGGGGGGCUGCAGUUUGUCAGAGAUCAGCUGUGCUUUUCUGGCCUCAGCUCUGAAGUCCAACCCCUCCCAUCUUAGAGAGCUGGACCUAAGUUUCAACGAGCUGCAGGAUUCAGGAGUGAAGCUGCUGUGCGAUUUUCUUGAGAGUCCACACUGCAGACUGGAGACUCUGAGGGUGGAUGGCAGAGAAAUCAGGGCUACACCUGACAGACAUGAAGAAUAUCUGUCCACAUCAAACACAAAGCUUGAUGUGUCUGAGGACAACAGAGAGGAGAGUGUGGAUGAAGAGGAUCAGCUGUGUCCUGAUGAUUCAGAGAAGCAGCAGCACCACCUUCUGUGUGGAGAGACUCUGAAUACAAAGGAGAAGUUAAGUUUCACACCUGAACUACUGACUGAGUCUGGAAAGACUUCAUACAGGUUCAGGUGUCCUGGUCCAGGUGUGUUCCAGUGUGCUUUGACUGGACUGGUGUUUGUUGUGGCUCAGGAGGCGGAGCUGCUGUACCGGACUGUCCAAUGGGAUGAGAGCCUCCUCCAAUCAGCCGGCAAGACGGCUGCAGGGCUGCUGUUCAGUAUCAAGUGUCCUGAGAACGCUGUCUGUCAGCUCCACCUGCCACACUGUGAAACAAAGGAUGCUCUACUGCCUGAUGGUCUGCUGUCUGUCGUCCACAUCACUGAUGAUGGAAUGAGCAUCCUCGACCCGCUGGAGAUUACUGACACUCAUGUGGUUGUCAGAGUCCCUAACCUCUCUGCCUUUGGCCUAGUCUGGGAUACCAUUAAGAGAUUGUGGACAAAACCAGUUUACAGCCAAGUUCUGCUGUUCCUCGGACCACCAAACACAGAAACACAGAGGCAAAAACUCAAAUUGUUUCUCCUGCCGAGUAACAUUCAUCUGGAGGAGGUGAGCAAACGUCAGCAACAUUGUGAGAACAUCGAGGCUCCUUCCAAAUGUCAACUCAUCAAAGAUGAAAGUUACACCGUUCACUGUCCUCAGGCCAUCAAAAUACAGCCUAAGACAGCACAAUUUUAUCUGGACUUUGGACCAAAUUACCACCCAACGUUUGAGAUCCGCCUGCCUACAAACACACAAGAAGUGAAUUUAACGGUCCAAGACCAAAGAGAGACAGAGGUCUGGGAGUAUGAAGUUGAUCUGACAGAUCCGGCUGUACGUGAAGAGAAUCCACCAAGGCCUCAGAGUGGCUCACCACGGAGCAGGUUGACAUCAGUUCGGUCACAGUUUGUAGGUUCAGUGUCUGAACCUGUUUUAAAUCAGCUGCUGGAUCACUUUUGCAACGGGGCAUAAUAAAUCAAGAAGAAAUGGAUUCAGCCAGAGCCAGAACCAGGGCUGACAGGGCUCGAGCGGUGAUUGACAUGGUUCGAAACAAAGGAACACAAGCCAGUUCAGCUCUGAUUGAGGACUUCAGGAUGUUGGAUCCACACCUUUCCAGAAAUCUGAAACUGAGCUGAAGUAGAACUGAGACUCUGUAAAUGAAACAUCUAUAUCAAAUCAUUAUUUGGUGUGAUCACCCUUUGCCUUCAAACAGGAUCAGUUCUUUAAGGUAAAGUUUCACAGUGAGGGACUUUUUAGGCACACUGUCAGGUGUAUGAUUAAACAGGUGCUAAUGAUUAUAAAUUCAACAUGGAAGUUGGCAAGACUGAGCACAGCAACAAAACAUUUCAAGCUGACAGGGGUUUCCAGAUGUGCUGUCCACAGCAGCACUGAGGACAGUAGAUGCAGUGUUCAGCCAAAGAAACUUACUGCAGCAGAUGUCAAAUAAAUAUGACGUGCAUCAUUAUCUGUUGUUUGGUUACAGACUGCCACUGUGUUCCCUGUCAGAGGAGGAAAACAGUGUUCAUGAAAACUUAUAUAUUUCUUUAUUUAUUCAUGUAUGAGUGUUUCCUUCAGAUUUAGACUUUUAUUGUCCCAGAGAUAGAUAACUUUACUUAAUGAUUUACAUUUUUGAUUAGAGAGGCUGCUGUCAGUCAUUUUAAACUUUUCCAUUUGGCAAUUAAUGCCACAGCAACUAUUGUAGAACAUUUAAACUGCAAAACUAAAAACUGUUUUGAAAUCAAAAUGACACAAACUGCUCGACAUGUGCGGUUUUAAAUCUAGUCUAUUAGUCUAUUGUGUAAAUGUGUUUUUUCUGCUGAUCUGUUCUGAACACACAUCUACUUCCUGUCUGUCCUCAUGAGCUUUCAUCCUGUUUGAGUGUAAUUGAGGUCAUAAGAACAGAAAGGAUUAUAUGCUGGACAGAUUGAUACAGAUGAUUUUUUAUAACCACUGAUAAUGAUGGUGAUAAUGAUGGUUAUGAUGGCGGUCUGAUGUACUGUAGGUUAUCUGAAAAGUCGUCUCUUGAUGGAUGUUUUUGUGUGAGCUUGUGUGGUGGGUUUUAGUGUUUGUUUUACAUGUUUUUGUCAUAUGUAUCAUGUAUUUAUGUAUUUUGUGUUUAAUGUUCAGUGUCCCUCCAGACUUUUUUUUUUCUGGAACAGUAAAGUUGAAACAUUCAAUAAAUUUAGAACUUUAUAGAUUUAAAGAAAUGUUGAAGAUCCAUCUUGUUUAGACACAAAAACACUCAGCAUGAAUUAGUUUUAUGGAAAUCUGGGUUUCCUUAAAAUAACAUUUCUCUCUUUCUUGUUUUCUAAAAUCCCUUUUACUUUGUAUGUUUCCUCUGGUUCCCCGGCCUUCAUCUAGUCCUGACAGCAUCACGGUUCAUGGUUCGUCUUCUGGACUCAAGUGUUAAGUUGUGUUCUGUUGUAUUUAAGUCAAUAAAAACACCGGUGGAAAAACAGUGA